GCCGAUCCUUUUUCAUCCUUCUUUUGAGCAUACCUUGUCAGCGUGUAAUAAACUCAAGCACACGAUCAAGUGACCGGAUUUCUUUGUGCAGCUCAGCCCCCCUUAGCACGCGGUCAUCCCUUCUGAGAGCUGUGACAUAUUCCGUGAAGUGCCAAAGGAUGAGUAGGCAAAUCGGAUGGGGCAGCUGGAUCGCAUUUCGCCGAUAUCAAGUGCUCUUCGUCCUCUUAUUCGCGGUCGGCAUCUUCACGCUCGUUCAGAUAGCCCACAUACGGGAUUUGGAUCCUUGGGACCGACUCUCAUCGACAUUCAGGAGGCCACCGUCCAAUCCGUAUAACCUUGAUGGGCCAUCCUUAGCACGAGCCUCUCAUCUGGAGGCGCAGUGUAGACAAAACGAUCAAUUCGAGGAGAUUUAUGGCCGAACGAAUCUUCGAAUGUCAAGAGCUUAUGAAGGCUCUCAACAUCGUUUGCGAGAACUGUCGCGUAAAGUCUUGCGGGGCGAACGAGUUUCCAUCUCCACGAUUGGAGGAAGCAUCACGCGUGGGCAUCAAGUCUACGCCCAUGAGGUCUGGUUUGUCAAGCUCAAAGAGUGGCUAGACUCUUUCUGGCCAAAUGACAUAGACAUUGUGGCCACGAAUGGAGCUGUACCGGCGAGCGGUUCCGACUAUUUCUCAUUUUGUUUCCCAAUACAUAUCCCGGAAAAUUCUGAUCUUAUCCUUGUCGAACUCGCCGUCAACGAUGCAGGUGAACCAGAGUACGCCGAUAGCAUGGAGAAUCUUCUGCGUGGGCUGCUGGAUCUACCCUCAAAACCCGCCGUCAUUCUACUGGAAGCCAUGGCAUUCAGUAAUGGAGGCAUGGGUGGAGGUGGAGGGAGAAUGCAUCUACCUGUUGCACAAUACUAUGAUGUUCCCGUGAUAAAUCAAAGACAUCCGCUUGCAAAUCAUUUCGCUCGCUAUCCUGAGCUGGUACCCAUGUACUUUUCGCAGGAUUACUGGGGUUUCCCCGACAUGAGGCAUUUGAAUGCGAGAGGCCACCGCGACCUGGCUGCAUUAGUCUCUAGUCUGAUAAAGGAUGUCACAUGCGAAAUGUUGGCCGAGGGCGACUUGGUGUCCCAAAGCUAUGGGUCCGUCGAUGUGGAUCCUGCGGAGAUCGAUCUUGAGGCUCUCGACUUGUCGUGGCCCAUAGAGACCUUACCCUGGACCAAAAACUUAUCUCAUGGGACACAGCAAAUCUUCCCUGGCAUGUUCAAUACACCCCUCGAAUUAGGGCUUUUGCCUCGAUUGCCUGUGCUAGAAGGAUGGAACCCUAACUUGGACCAUCGUGCUCCGGCGUUUCAUCCCGUCUGCUAUUCGACUCGAGCGCACGAGGAGCGGUUCAAUCUAACUCCUACCGUCAAUGAAGGAUGGACUCAUUGGGUUCACCCAGAACAUCUAGACAAGCCAUAUCUAAUUACCAAGGAGCCCGGCGCGCGAGUCUCGUUUGAAAUAGAGACAGCGGUGGGCGUAGUCAAGGUCUACUCAUUGCGGAGCAGGAGUUUUGGAUUUGGGACCGCUGAAUGCUGGAUGGACGAGUCGAAAGACAAGUCGGUCAAGCUGGUCGGAUAUUGGGACCGAGCCGAAAACGUUGGCCGAUUCGACACUGUCGCAUCCGGCCUGCGGCCCGGCAAGCACAGAUUGACGUGUCAAAUGCUUGAGGAAACAAGUGAUCCCGAAGGAGGACAUGAGUUCAGAUUGAUCUCCGUUAUGAGCCUGUGAGCGAUGUUGCGACCUGGCCUUCUUCGGCUGUCCUUUGCGGAAAGGCUGGACCACAAUCCUCUCCCAUCACAGCGAUGUGCGUAGGAGAGGCGCAUGGCCGACGAAUUUGUUGGAUGUGCAUCCAGACGUCCUUUGCAAAGUGGACGACACAUACACCGGAUGUGCCGAUGGCAAGCGCGCCAAGGCCAUUGCCUCCAGAUCCUGAUCUAGAGCGACGCUGCCUCACGUUUUCACGUCUCGGAGCCACUCAAGGCAGGUGGUCAGUCCAAGAUCAUCCAGUUGGGACGGUCCAACACUGUCAGCCACUAUUCAUCUAUGGCGCUGCCAUCUAUAACGUGUCAUACCGUGUAAUUUAUGCAUAACCUUGAAAGUACCCGCUAGCAAAGAAAAAAAGUCGUCAGCGAGACACUACAUAUGAGGACG